GCAGUGUAACAAUGGACAUGAAAAUCAAGCUCAUCACAAGAGACACCUACAAGAGAGAUAAGGAUGUCAGGACCCAUCCAUGUAUGAUCAUCAUAAAGGGUGUCCACAAUCAUCCUACAGACUCUGCAUCUGCUCUGCAACAACUGAGAGUUUUACCAGACACCAAGAAUGCUUACUUCAAGUACUUCAAUAUUGGCAUGUCUGUAGCGCAGGCUGCAAGAUGUUACCAAGAUCAAAUAAAUGUCAGUGCAAGUCUCGCUACUAAGGCCAAUUCUGCCAUAAAUCCCUCCCAUAGAGUCAUCUAUCACAUACGGAACCUGUGGCUCAAAGCAAACCAUGGCACUUUAGGAGGAGGAGAUAUGUUUGCUUCCAUUGAGAACUACGCUGCUACUUCAAAAGCUUCCAAGAUUGAAUAUAAAACUGACGGGGAGAAAUUUGCAGUUGUGUUAGUCACUGAAUUUAUGGGCAGAAUUCAUGAAAAUGCAGAGAAGCUGGUGAAGUUGUGUUCGUCGACACUACAAGUCACUUAG